CGGACACGUCAACGAGCGAUGCAGAAGCCGAGGUCACCACAACCUUCUGUCCAACAAAACUCCCAGUACACCACCGCCUUGGACUUCGCCGCCGUGAAGAUGUCUGAGCGUAGCGACUCUACCGUCGUUGCCAUCGACGAAAAGGCCCCACUACUGGCGCAUCACACGUCGGAAUCGUGUGGACCUCAAACAUGCAUCGACUUGGACGUGGCCACAGACACGCAAGAAGUGUCCAAUUCGUGGACUCGUGUGGUGAACGACGUGGUCGUGAACUGCCUGUCGGGAGUGAUCGCGUUCAUGCUGACCUCCACAAUCGCCGUGUCCACGGCGAGCGUCCUCGUCGGCACGGGCACGCCGCUAUCUGCCUACGUUGCCAAUGCUAUUGACAUGCAUCUCCUUGGAACAGCGCUCAUGUGUUUGUUUCUGUCGUGGCAAAGCACGGUUCCGUAUGCCAUGGGCGCCAUCGAUGCUUCAGUCGUGCCCAUAUUGGCCGAGAUGGCUCAACGCAUUAGCGGAAAGCUGCACCACGACAUGGUUACCGUGGUGCCAACAGUCCUCGUGGCCGCGGCCAUGUCGUCCGUGUUUAUCGGGUGUAUCCUCUUCACGUUGGGCUACUUUCGGCUAACCACUAUCGUCAACUACCUUCCUUAUCCAGGUACCUCCCAACAUACAACCUGGCUAAAACGCUCCAUUCUGCCGCCUAUCUAAUGCUUCGGGGUUUGUCCCAGUGAUUGCCGGGUUUUUGUCUGGUCUGGGCGCCGUCCUGAUCAAAAACGGCAUCGAAGUCAGCACCAACGUCGGCUUUCCCACGUCCGUUGAGACCUUGACGUUAGUUUGUCCCACCGUGCUGUUUGUCCUGAUUGCGUGUGUCGCAAAACAGUAUCGCGUAUCUCCCACGGUGACAUUCCCCAUCUUGAUCCUGGGCUCCAUCGCUGGCUUCCACUUGGUGGCCUCUGUCGCAGCUGCAGCCAUGGACCCAGUCCCGUGGCUAUUUGACUGGUCCCCCCACAUGCUAGCCACCACCCCCCGGUGGUACUCGUGGGCCGAGCUCUCCUGGGGCAGUGUCCAGUGGACGGUGAUGUUUGCAUCGCUUGUCGAGAUUGUUCCGACCUUGCUCCUCCUCGUGAGUCUCAAGUACUCUGUGCUCAUCGGAUCGCUCUCGACCAUCUUCCAGCGCAAUGUGAGUGUCGACGUAGAGAUCCAAACCAUCGGCAAGGUCAACAUCAUCGCAGGAUUGGUCGGGUGCUGCGGUGGCACGCACUAUGUGAGUGCGAUGGCCCUUCUAGCCAACUUCAAAGCCCACCCGCGCCUUCCCGUGGUCAUUUGCGCCGGGUUGCAGCUCACUUUGUGGGGCGUGGGGCUCACGCCCUUGCUUUACAUCCCCAAGUUUGUGUUUGGCGGGUUGCUCAUGUACAUUGGCGUGCAUUUCUUGGAGAAUUACAUGGUCGCACCGGCGGCGUUUCUGUCUCGCCUGGAACUGCUCACGAUUCUCGCGACGAUCGGCAGCUUUAUCACGCUGGGCGUGUUGCCUAGCGUCGGCGUCGGCGUCGUCUUGUCCAUGCUCAACGCCGUGUUGAACCUGCACGUGUCGGGGUGCAUCCACCAUGACGUGGCACUCCCACAGCACGCCACGUACGUGGUCCACCUCCAAGGGAAUCUCUCGUUUGCCAACGCCAUGCACGUCUACACCCUCGUGGACUCGCAGUGGCAGCGCCAGCCGUUCAACACCCUUGUGCUCGACUUUGAGCGUGUGGUGCUAGUCGAUGGCACGUUUGUUCAGAUCUUGCGAAGGCUGCAGACAGUUGCCGACCGAUGUCACUUUGACGUGCACUUGUGCCACGUUCCAACGUCGAUCGAAGCGCGGUUCUCGACGCUGUCGCUGGCCCAGCACGAAACGCUGGGGCAUUUCAUGCAGCGCCACCACGAGCCGUGCCAUCACAGCGCCGACUCGUACGGCCCGGUGCACGCGGCGUGGACGGCAUUCGUCGCCGAGGGGGGAAGUGCCGUCUCCGGCGCGGCGGUCGUGACCAAUUACUUGGACGGUGUCGACACCCUCGCCCCGCAAACGUUGUACGAUCCCCCCCAUGAGGCGUCGUGGGGGUUUCUCUGUCGUGGCCACAUGGACAUCUUUGACGCCAAUAUGCGCGAAAGACGAGGCCAUGUUCGAUCCGGCCAGGUGAUUCCAAGCAACCACGACCACACGAUGCUGACUGUGACAGAGUGCGUGGUGCUCCGGAUGCAUGCGACAUCGUGGCGACAUCUCCAAGUGGAUCACCCUCCCGUGGCCAUUACCCUGCUCGAGCUCUUGAAUCGACAGAUGACGCAGUGGAAUGAUGCUAACGCUAGUAGCCCAUCAAAUGACAUGGCUAAGUAUUAACAUCGUUCAGUGAACACUGUGUGUACCCC